AGAUCGUCCCUCCGCCGCGGCCCUGGCGUCGGCCUGGCUGUGCGGGGCUCGGGAGGGCGAGGCCCGGGAUCGUGAUGGCGGCACCGCUCUCCCCCAGGCUGUGACUAGCGGAGCCCAGGCCGAGGUCGGCCGGCUGCGUGGGUCUCCGCGACCCUCCACGGGGAGUGUGGGUCCUUAGACGAUUGUUGGCGUCCGGAGGAUGCUCACCUCGCGUCCCCCAGUCCCACAACCUGCGCUCUCGAGGGCUCCAGCGGCGAAUGAGAGCAGCUGAAGGAGCUUCGGGGCGAGACUUUGCUGAGCAGGGGCGGGGGACAGAAGAGUCUGAGGUGCCGAACAGAGCAAGCUUCUGGGAGAGCAGUUUCCAGGCAGCGAACAGUGAAUGAUGGACCUGAAGUGCGCGUAGUAUGGGCUUUUUCGCCGGCGCUACUGAAGCUUGCGGGUGGGGGUGGGAGGAGAGUUGAAGGAGGCUCGGGAGUAGCGGGCUGCAACUUUGAUACCUGAAGACACGAGGGUAAGGCAUGGCUAAGAGCUUACGGAGUAAGUGGAAAAGGAAGAUGCGUGCUGAGAAGAGAAAGAAGAAUGCCCCAAGGGAGCUCAACAGACUGAAAAGUAUUCUCAGAGUUGACGGGGAUGCUUUAAUGAAAGAUGUUGAAGAAAUAGCAACUGUGGUGGUACCCAAACAGUGCCAGGAGAAAAUGCAGUGUGCGGUGGAGGGUGAAAAGGAUGACAUGAAAAUGGAGACUGAAAUUAAGAGAAACAGAAAGACUCUUCUAGACGAACAUGGACAGUACCCAAUAUGGAUGAACCAGAGGCAGAGAAAGAGACUGAAGGCAAAGAGAGAGAAAAAACGGGGGAAAAGCAGAGCCAAGGCAGCCAAGGGCCUGGCCUGGUAGACCUUACAAACUGGAAAGAAGGCUGGCGGUGACGGCGCACGCCUUUAAUCCCAGUACUGUGGAGGCAGAGGCAGGUGUAUCUCUGUGAGUUCAAGGCCAGCCUGGUCUAAAUAGCAGAUACCAGGACAGCCAGGACUGCUAAUGUGGAGAAACCCUGUCUCAAAAUCCACAACAAACAAACAAACGGGGAAGUAUUGAUGGGACAGAAGUUGAGUUGUUAGGACUGUCUUCACUGAUUUCAGCUCUCUCUGAAUGGAAGCUCUUUGUUUUCAUACUUUAGUUGUUAGGACUGUCUUCACUGAUUUCGGCUCUCUCUGAAUGGAAACUCUUUGUUUUCAUACUUUAGUUUCAUCUUACACCUGUAAUUCAAAUCCAGAAUAAUUCAUUUGUUUUGGGAAUUUGAAUAAACUAUUUUCUGUUUUAAAAGAAAA